AUGACUGCCUGUGCAUUGGCCGUCAUCAACAGCACGAUCACUCCGAACAUGACCUUCACAAAAACUUCUCAAAAAUUUGGCCAAUGGUCGGACAUCAGGGCUAAUACGGUGUAUGGCUUAGGCUUUGCGUCGGAACCCGAGCUUAAUAAGUUCAUCGAGAAGUUCCAGGAGGUGAAGGAAGCGACUCGCCAAGCGGCGCAGCAGAAAGCUCAACAACAGACCAACGGCAGCGCCUCGACACCGGUCACUUCGGCCAGCGCGUCCCCCUGUAGCAGCCGGAGCGUUCCCACGCCUCCUGUCCCGUCUCAGACGCCCCCCUCUGAGGGCGGCCCAACUGAGGACGCCCCCGCCAACCAGCUCGACCACGUGGUUAGCAGCCUCCCUUCCAAUGUCAACGAGAUCGCCAAUACUCUCAAGUCCUCUCUCGUCGCACAUCAAAGAAGCCAAAGCUUAUCCGGACUCCAGGCUAGCAAGGCCUCCGAUAGUCCGAAGCAUCAAACAAAAGACAAGACAUCUGUGGCAAGUCUACCGCAAACUACAGUUGAAGCACAACUUCGGUACGAAAAUGAUCGCCUCAAGUUAGCUCUUGCUCAAAGCUCUGCGAAUGCCAAAAAGUGGGAAGUUGAACUUCAGACAUUAAAAAGCAAUAAUGCCCGCUUAACUGGAGCACUCCAAGAAAGUACUGCUAAUGUUGAAGAGUGGAAGAGGCAACUGCAGGCGUUAAAAGAAGAAAAUACAAAAAUGAAAUCCAAGGUUUUAGAAUUAGAAGCUAGCCAUGGUAAUCCUGAGGCAAUAGCAGAACUAAGGAAGGAAAUUGGUACUUUACGAAGCAAGAAAGAGAUUCUUGAAGAACAAGUGAAUAGCAAAGAUAAUGAACUUGAACAAAUGCGGAAAAGAAUUGAAGAUAACCAUCAAGGUCAAUCUGCUAGCCAAAAGGUUGAAGAUAAGCUCAAAGUUCUUUUAGCUGACAAUGAAGGAUUGCGGAAUAGUGUUAGUCGACUUCAAGAACAAUUAGACACUACAAAAUCUAGUAACAAGGUCAAGAAAGGCGCUUUAGAACAACUAAAUCAAAGAUUGGCUCAAAAAAUACAGGAACUGAAAGACAUUCAACACGAGAUCUCAAAUUUACUUAAUUCCUGAUACUUGAACUCUUUACUUCAUAUGAUAUUUCAAUGCCCUUGAUCAGAAAGAGUAGCUCCCUAUCAAAAAAAUUAAAGAAAAAACUUAUUCAAAUGGAUCCUUACUAAAGAAAUUAUACUUAA